AUGGUCGUCUACUACCAGAUCGCCGGCAAGAAGGUCGGCUCCCACGUCCUCUCCAUGGCCGUUCUCGGCUCCAUCUUCGCCGGUUCCUGGGCUGCCAUGUCCGGUGGCGAGAAGCCCAAGACCGCCGCCGGUCCCCCCCAUCAACGCUUCUUCCAAGGAGGAGGACAAUUCCUGAAGGAAGUUGAUGGCGGCAAGUCCGAGAAGCACUAA